GUUGAGUUUCUUGCAGAUGUUCUCACGUGGAGCUUUUCUUUUGCUCAAUAUGCUACGAAUUGCGAACCAUGAUUGAUGCCUUCGGAAAUGCUACUAUGAGCAUCAGGAAUUCCACUGUCUCCCCGCUAUUGAAGGGCUGAGAUUUUAGUGCUGAGAUGCUGUCAGAUGCAGCUUACACAGUACUCCGGGCGCAUCGAAGAAAGACGAGAGUCCAUCGCGAGCCCAUCCCAAGUUACUCUGUGCCGUCUUGAGCUUACCUGCCCCUAUGAGAUACCGCUGAAUCGUGAAGCAGCCACGCAUCCAUUCUUCAAGAUAUUGAUGACAUCGGCGUCCCGCUCGGCAUCAUCAACCUGUACGAGGACGGGAGAGCUACCCGGAACCAGGCUGGCAGGGCUAUUUCAAGACCUGACUUGCAUCGCUUCCAUUGUGGCGCUGGCUUAUUACCUCUUCGCACGCGCAUCCGUGAUUGGCCGGGGCACUGGCACAACCGUGGGGAUGGGGACGGAGUCCGAAGGGCAUGGGAGUGGAGACCCGAGUGCUGCAAUUUGCCAAUUGAGGCUUGCGCGGACCUCCUCCCUCAGGAAAAGGGAUGCGCUUGGCAGCGAAGUGGGUGGGCAGUUCCCGGUCGGGUUCCUGAAGACAGCGGCCGGAGUGGUGCGGUGCUUGACGGCCUGCCGGUUCGUGAUGCGAUCUGCUAGAUGCUGGGAUGAGGAUGGACGGCGCUAGUUGCGGGUUGCUGCAGCCACACUUUUGUUGGACAGCGACGUGCAGCAGAUACCGGACGUCUUGCUCAGGGCCAUGGCAGUCGCAGGAGGGAGGACUGGUGGAGUUGUGUCUGCGGACGGAUGGGACGGCCUGUUAUUCAUGUUGUCUCUGGCAUUGGGACGCAGGCAUCAGUGGCGCUGUUGGCCGGCGGGAUGGCUUCCCCAACGUCAGUGAGAGGCUGGCGCAGGGGUCUUCUCCGCAAUCAUCGCCGCGCCGUCUCAACAACUUUGCGGUGUUCACCCAGGAGGACUUUGGG